UCCGUGUUUUGCCGUCGUGGUGUGCGGUGUGGAGGCGUGCUGUGCCGCCGAAGUGCGUACUACGUUGUGUUGACAGCGCGCGGCGUGCUGCUCGCGGAGUGCGCGUGUGGCGUGCGGGAAGCGUGGCGUGCUCCGGGACCCGUGCCCUGGGCUCGCCAUGAGAGAGUCAUGAAGGCCGGAGCUGCGCUGCUCCUGUCCUGCCACGGACUCCUCUGCGCCAUGGGAAUAGUUCUGGAGACGAGCCACGUGUGCAGCAGGUACGAGAUUCGCCUCCGCUGCGACACCGACCACCUGGUGGCGGUGCACGAGGCCUUCUUCGCCAGCGGGUCCCAGUCGCAGCCCUGGCCUGCCACUCCGGACUGUGAGCCCAAGACGCGGGACUCCGACCGACCCCCGUGCGUCGAAGACCUCCGACAGGCCCUCAACAGCAGAUGUUCCGGCGCAGUGCACUGCCUGUUCGUGCUGAGCAGGGACCACGCCGACAGGCGCUGUCGAGGGGACGGCUCUCUCGUGGUGCGCUACCGCUGCUUGCCCGAGAAGCGAGUGAACAAGCUGUGCAGCGUGCCCCUGCGGCAACGCGAGGGCUACCUGUCAUCGCCGGGCUUCCCGCACUACUACCCGGCCCUGACGGACUGUGUCUGGCACCUGGAGGCCGCCCAGGGGCAGACCGUCCACGUGCAGAUGCUCGACGUCUCCAUGCGAAGGCCAGCGCCGGGACCCCAGGACUGCGUCCAGGACUUGGUGAGCGUGAGCGAGGGCAGCAAUCCGCUUCUGGUGGCCUGUGGCGAAGAGCUGCGCAACCUGCGCAGCGUCCAGUCGGUGUCCAAUCGCCUCGAGGUUCGCUUCAGGGCCAGCGAGUUCGUGCCAAACCGGGGCUUCCUGCUCAGAUACAGACUGGUGGGUUGCCCGACGCCCGGCCCUCCGCACCAGGGCUACCUCGUGCACCGGACGCCCUCGUCGGCCGAGUACAAGUGCUGCAGGGACCACGUGUUCGCCGACACGCUGCGGGACACGAGGACGCUGCACUGCGUGGACGGGAACGCCUGGAACGACAGCGUGCCCGACUGCGUCUCCCGGCUCGAGCUGGCCCUGAACGGCACCCUGCUAGCCGCCGAAGACGACCCCGGGGCCAGUGACCAGGCGCUCAAGCAUCGGAGCGAGAUGCACCUCAGCCGUCUGGCGGACAUCCUGGUCCCGUGCCUAAUCAUGGGAGGACUCCUUCUGGGAAACGCAGUGGUCGUCCUGGUGAUAUUCAGGUUACGAAAGCGAAGGAUCGCCAGGCUCAGGGCACGCCUUCCAACCGUGGCCCUGCUCGCCGACGGGGAAUCCAAGGAACCGCCGCCGGCGCAGAGACCGCAGGCGUAGACGAAUCCGCCACUGCCACUCGAAGACCCCGAAGAUCGCUUACGCCUGAGAGUCAACAGCUACCAGUGACGCCGCUACCGCUAUUUAUUGAGAUUAUCUACGAACGUACACACGCACACAGAUACACACUAUUGUACAUAUAGACACAUAUGUUGGAAACAUUGAACACGUCGUCUUUAGAAAUACGAGGGACUCAAGUGCACAUUGACACGUGUGUGGCUUUAUGUUCACUACUGUGUGGUUACGCUUUGUGACGACCUUAAUUACUUUCAAUCCCAGUAAUGUCUAUGGUCCAAAAAACAUAUACGCGUCUGCCACACGGAAGAGCACGUGAUAAGACAGUGGUUUGCUAAACACCCCAGGGUUGAAAGGAACGCUUGCAAAGGCCAUCCGCGCAGCACGACUUGGCAUUUGCCCGUCGCAUAUUACGACUUUUGCCCGUCGUAAUAUGCUGGACGCCGUUUUAUAUUGCUACGAUCUAUCUAUAGCAUGCUCUGGGUGCUUGACGCGCCUAUAUUUUUAGAGUGUAGAGCACUGGUCUACACUCUACUGCCGUUUCACUGUAAACUACUGCCGUUUCACUGUAAAGGCCCGACCACACUAGCGGCACGGUAGCUUGCCGCUUACCCUUUGCAGGACGUCGGGUGCUGCACAGUGAAAUGACGCCAAUCAAAUACUGCGCCGAUAAUAAUGCCAUGACACCGUUCAGCACUUUGCCGGCGGUACAUUCUAAAGGAGCGUAGCUCAGCAAAUCAGCGUGGCUCUUUUAAGCGUCCCCGAGUACGGCCAUGCUAGCGGAACGGCGGCUCGCGGCACGCGCCAUUUGCCUCACACCAGGUGCUGCCGAGAUCUGUUUUGCCGCAAGACGGUAAGAUUUCCUGCCGUCAAUAGAAUGGUCUGUGGAGGAUUAUUGUCUGCCGUGCCGCACAAGAAAAAGGACCAGUGAGAGGCGCCGGUUGUCUGACGUAGUGAUGUCAUGCGCGCGCGCAACCGCCAAGAGCCGCACUUUCACUUUCAAAACUAGUGACCGCGGCUGUUGUCAUGAGCUAUACUAGCCAGUCCAACGCUAAAAGCGUUGCAUGUGACCUCGCCCUUGGUGCGUUAUCUUGGGACCCACAAGUCCUAGCAAACUUUGGUAUGUGCUUGGUGGCAUUCGAAGGAAGCUACAAAAACGACAAUGUCGGUUAACCAGUGUAAAUAAUUCACAAUUGUCUCAUCCAAAAUUGUUUUAAUUCCUCACUCUCAAAAGCCCUCAUCUCUGAAACGCAGCCGCAGCAGCAACGCACGAUAGCCUGCCCCUCGAUAUCUCAAUGGCGCCAACUGGAUCCAACUCAGAACUUGCGUCUUCUUGCCUUUCGUGCUCGAUGGCGUCUCAGAGUCAAAGAACAGAGUAGACUCACCACCUUCACCGUUGCCACUGGAUGAUCAUCUACACCCCCCAUAACUCGCACAAGGGGAUGAAAAAACAAUCCGGCGUUUCGAAAGAGGUUGAUGACAAGCCCGAGCGAAACAACCAAGCAAAAAGAAGAAGCCAAAAAAAAAACUAUCUAUGGACGGCAGAAAAAGUACGGGAAGCGUCGCGUAUGGCUCGAUGGCUUGCGUGCAAUAUCAGGUAGGCCGAAAGAGCAUCUGUUCUUAAGCGGUGUCGCAUGACUACCGCGACGCAACAUCAAAACGGUGGAAAGUGUGGCCUUUUCACUGCGGGAUGCCUCAGCGGCAUGCCGUUACGGCACACUUGCCGAUAGUAUGAUCGUGCCUUUACUUGGCUUUACUACACAUAGAAAGAAAAAAAAUCAAAGGAAACUCCCAAGCCUACGGAGCAUCGUUACACUCCCAGUACGACAGGAAUACCCAAGUGCCCUACGCCGUUAUAUAUGCUCCCUUGGUGAAAGCUAGCUUGCGAGCGCACCGCAGGAAUAUACUCGCGCCGCCAUGGCAGUUCAAGGUCAGUUCCCUCAUACAGCGCGGUACUAUCCCAGUGCUGAGUCAGGGCUGGAAACAACACUACAAACUUUUAGUACUCCCCAUUCUAGAGCUACGGUUUGCUAGCGGGAGCUCGUGCCGUCCCUUUGAUGCAUGAAUUGAGCACGCGCCUGCUGGGUCCGUUCUCGCAGCAUACGAUCUACUAAAACUCUCUAUAGACGAUUUCAAGCAGGGCAUCUCGCCGACGCCAUGUCUUUGGGCCCGUUUUCAGCGGCGUAUGAUCUACUUCAACUCCUAAUGGGGCACCAUCAAGAUUCACUGGACGCCAUAUUUGAGAGAUAUGGUUAGAG